AUGGAGAAGAUGUUAUAUUUCCUUCAUUGUGCAAUGGCCCUGUUACCUGGUGCAUGGAUUGAGCUAGUUGUCAUGGUCCAGGUCUAUCUCUUGGCCGCUUGUUGUGCGUUGAAAGAGUUAUUGUUCGAGGCGGCUAAUCAAGGGAUCAAGAGGCGUCUCGAAAAUGAAAUCCGGAGGUCUCGCGCAAUACGAUCCGCUGGGCAUAAACGUGUUUUUAUCACUGGAGCUGAUGGUACGAUUGGACGAGAGGUGGUUAAGAAAUUUCUACGAAACGGCUUCAGCGUGCAUGCUUUGGUCGGAGAUCGGCAGAAAGCUAACAUAAUGUUUGAAUCACUGAAUGGCUCGCAGUUGCCUCUGACACUUUAUGAAGUCGACUUCGCCGAUCCUCAUGAGGUUUCCAAAUUUGCUAGAGGAUUUGUGAACCGAUGUGGUGAAAUCAACAUAAUGGUGUUUUGUGCCGGUACAAUGUUAGAUGAUGCAGAAUUCAUUGGUGAUGUCGAACGCCACAUGUGUGUUAAUGUCGUUUCACAAAUGUUACUCUUGAAUCUACUCAGUCCUUUGCUGGCAUCCGACACAAGAAUAGUUUUCCUGAGCUCAUCAACUGCAAAAAUUGCUCACUAUACCAGCUCGGUAUUGCAAGGAGAUCUCCUGUCGUACUACGUGGGGCCAUACCAAGCAUACUGCUUUUCGAAACUUGUACUCUCAGUAUUUGUCGAACAGCUGUCUCAGCACAGUUCACAAUGUGUUGUAACUAUGCAUCCAGGUGUUAUACCAGGAACUCUUUAUCGUCACACCAAUUUCUUCGUGAAAUUUGUGACGUAUUUCAUCCUGCCCUUCCUACUCAGGAGACCGGCGUUCAGUGCUCUACUCGUAUUUCACACAGCCUUACGUGAUGACCUUGUUUCUGGGUCAUAUUACGAAGACGGUGUAGCGAAAAAGCUGGGCGACAGGCUGACUGAGAAGGACAAGCAAUCAAUCUACAAGGCCAUUCAGAGACAAGUCCAGGAAUGGUCACGACUAGAAGACUAG